AAAUAGCUGAAAUUUGGUUGAUUGACAACGAAAACCAGCAAGAUCAGACCAUGUCUGCCAACUCUUCCUUUUCCACUGGUAACUUCUCUGAUCCCCUCUCAACCUCCAACUCCUCCACCGUACCAUAUUACUUAGCAUGUCAACACUCAGUGCCAAGAAUGGCAGUAUUUACUAUGUAUGCCAUCAUCAGCACCCUCCUCUUCCUCCCCCUCUACAUCUUCGUCCUCUACAUCGGGAUCCAAAAAUGGAGGCAUCAGCGCUUUGAACCAGCAAGAAUAUCAACAAACCCCUCCGACUUCUACACGCUCAACAUGAUGAUUUCAGAGAUAAUUUGCGCUCUUGGAUCAGCCCUCUUUGUUUUAGCCAUGUUUUCGGGAGGGAGGCUUAUGUACCUGUUGGGUCUGUAUUUUUUCUCAAUCAAUGUACCUGGACAAUCUCUUUUUCAUUCCCUGACCUGCCUUGAUCGCUAUCUAGCUGUUGUUCACCCCAUCACAUACAUGCUCAAAAAGGACACACUUGGAGUCAGAAUCAGAAACAUCAGCAACAUUUGUGUUUGGCUGCUGUGCUUUGGUUACCUGGGGAUUGUUUAUUCACAUUUGCCAAACUUUCCCAUUAUUCCUUUUUUCACCAUUUUAGGGAUCAGUAUAAGUGUUAUGUUUUUCUGCUGCUUUUCUGUUCUGUGGGGUCUAACUCACUCAGCACCAGGGGAAGUGCAAAAUCAUAAGAAACAGGUUGACCAAACCAAACAGAGAGCUUUUUACAUUAUCUUGGCCAUAACAAGUACUCUGAUGUUGAGGUUUACUGGCCUUCUGGUGGGUUUUGGAUUAAAAAAUGUAGGAUCACUGGAUCAGAGGAAUUCUUGUGGAAGGCUGGAUGCAGCAGUCCUUUUAACCCUUCCUAGUAGUCUUGUUUUGCCUCUUCUGUUUUUACACAGAGCAGGAAAACUAUCAUGCUGGAAGUAAACUGGUGGUUUAGAAUGGUGAGUUCAGACAAAAACUCUUUGGAUAGGAGGACAAGAUACUACUCUGUUAGAUAUACAGCCAAAAUUUUAUAUUUAAGAAGAUUUGAAAAAUCCCAACCAAUACAGGGUUUCCGUGGGUCAUUAGAAAUAAUUAAAUUCAUUAAAUUUAGAUUUUUUAAAUUAAGGCCUUAAUCUGCAUUAAAAUUCAUUAAAUGUAAUUAUCAUUUUGAGAUGCUUUAUAAAAA